ACUGUAAAAUAGAGAGAGGACUUGGUAAGACUCAGAGGGUAAAAUAGCUAUUAGGUGUGAGAUGGUUAUGAAUUUUCAUAGUUCCAAAUUCAAAAACUAGGUUUCUUGUAAAUGUUAACACACUAAGCUGAAGUAUGUACAGUAUAGCAAAUUGUAAUGUAUACAAGUAAAUGGGAUAGGGAUCAAAUAAGAUGUGUUUUAACAAGUAAAUUGGAAUUAUUAGACAUUCAGUCAGUUGACAAAGUGUUAAACUUUUAGAAAUUGAGUUAAAAUGUAAUCCCCUUGCUUCUCAAACUAUUGCACAUUUACUAUGGAGAACUCAACACUCUUUAUUUCAUUUGUACUGUCUGCAUAUGGAAAUGUAGGACUAUUGAAAUACUUGUAUUUUACUAUAAUGAUUGUGUUGUACAUUGCAAUAGUCUUUGCUAACACAAUGCUUAUAGUGGUGAUAUUCAUGGACAGAAAGCUACACCAGCCCAUGUAUAAGUUUCUCUGCAGUUUGUUUAUUAAUGAAUUAUAUGGCAGUGCAGCUGUUUUGCCUUUCCUCAUGGUACAGGUUCUAUCAGACACACAUGUGGUGCCUGCUCAUUAUUGUUAUUUACAGAUAUAUAUUCUUUACACAUAUGCAGUAAUCGAAUUCUGCAAUUUAGCAGCCAUGGCAUAUGACAGGUAUGUUUCUAUCUGUUAUCCUUUGCAGUACCAUGCCAUUAUGACCUCUAAUAGAGUGUUCAUGAUCAUGAUGGUAGUCUGGAUUUACUCUUUUAUGUACAUAACCUUUCUCAUGUAUUCUAGUGUAAGUUUACCCAAGUGUGGCAACAUUAUGGAUAAAGUAUAUUGUAAUAACUAUUCAUUAGUCAAACUGGCCUGUGCAGACACAACAGUGAAUAACUAUGGUGGAAUAUUUGGAACUUUUCUGUCUGUUGUUUUGCCUGUGAUCCCCAUUUUAUUCUCCUACAUCAAGAUUUUACGUAUUUGUUUAAGAUCUUCAAAAGAGACAAAACAGAAAGCCAUCAGCACAUGCACACCUCACUUGGCUUCUCUGACCAAUUUCUUCUUUGGCUGUUGGUUUGAGAUUCUGCAGAGUAGAUUUGACAUGAGUCAUGUCCCAGCUGCUCUGCGUAUUAUUAUCUCAUUGUACUUCCUGGUGUGCCAACCACUUUUUAACCCUGUACUAUAUGGAUUUAAUUUAUCAACAAUCAGACAACAAUGUAAGACUUUGUUCCUCAAGAAAUAUCCCAUUCAAGGAUAAUUUGAGGUUUUAAUUGCAUCAAAAGAGAUAAGAUCUUUCUGUUAUUGCAAUACCCCUGUGUGAUACCAUAUGGGAAAAGGUUUUCCUUGGCAGAGUACAUUACAAUCUAUCUGAAAGUAGGUGGAUUG